AUGAUGAGCAGCACCGGCGGCCAUGCAACUCCAUCUCCGUCUCCACUUCCCCCUAUCGACAAUAGCAACAAGUUCGAUGACAAGAGCGAAGAUAGUGCGGACGAUGUUAUCAACGCGGCGAUGAACACGGAGUUAAUGGUUGAUGAGGAGAAGGAGGCAGAGGAGGAGCGAGCGGCCCACGCGGCGUUUGAUGCGGAGCAGCAACACCACCGGGAGGCAGCGACCGCAGAGGAGGAGUCGGACGACGACGAUGGCAUCGACUGGAGCGGGCCUGGCCCAGAAGAGAAAGCGAUGGAGCAGAGGGCCUUAGUCGUGUCCUUCGAGACGCUGAAGAAGACCGAGGAUGACGCCAACGAGGCGCUCCGACAGAGGCUACUGGAGGAUGUGGUGGCCCACCGAGCUCUAGUGGCGGCGCAGAAGUGGAGGAGGGAGGGAGGCAAUGACGAGGCUGGGUCGUCAACCGCCCCGAGGGGCGACAAGUAG